AUGGCAGCCACCCGCGUCCUGGAAUCUCGCUUCGAGCGGAUGUCGGUCAACGACGAGAACGGCGAAGGCAAUCGCAUGUAUCCCAAAGCCAAGGGCAUGACGGCGCCUUCUGGCCAAAGUACAAACCGAAACCUCUUCAAGGUCGCCCUGCAAGCUCAGAGCGCCAACACGACAUCCUCGUCAGCACAAUCUACAUCACACUGGAAGGGCGCGGUCGCAUCCACAACAGCAGUGACGGCCACGACGACUGGUAGCAGCGGCAGCAGCCAUCACCACCCGGCCUCGCCGACAGGGAAGAGCCGCGGCGUCGUCACAACAACAGUGGCCGUGGCAUCAGACGAGACGACAGGAUCAACAAUAGAGACGCCCGAGCAUGACAAGAAGACGGCAGGCGGUGACGCAGCAUUGUCAGAGCUGUCAUCGCCACUGUACAACCAGCCGCGGCAGUUCCACCUCGGCAUGUUCGAGAUUGGCCGGCCACUCGGCAAGGGCAAGUUCGGCCGCGUCUACCUGGCCCGCGAGCGCAGCAGCGGUUUCAUCUGUGCGCUCAAGGUGCUCUACAAGGCCGAGCUGCAGCAUGGUUCGGGCGUCGAGAAGCAGGUCCGCCGCGAGGUCGAGAUCCAGAGCAACCUGCGCCACCCCAACAUCCUCAAGAUGUACGGCCAUUUCCACGACAGCAAGCGCAUCUUCCUGAUCCUGGAGUUUGCGGGCCGCGGCGAGCUGUACAAGCACCUGCGCAAGGAGAACCGCUUCCCCGAGUGGAAGGCCGCGCAGUACGUGGCGCAGAUGGCGUCGGCGCUGCGCUACCUGCACCGCAAGCACGUCAUCCACCGCGACAUCAAGCCCGAGAACAUUCUGGUCGGCAUCCACGGCGAGCUCAAGAUCUCGGAUUUCGGCUGGAGCGUGCACGCACCGAACCACCGCCGCACGACGCUGUGCGGCACCCUCGACUACCUGCCCCCGGAGAUGGUGCGCCCGCACGGCAGCGGCAACGACAACUCGUACGACGAAAAGGUGGACCUCUGGAGUCUGGGUGUGUUGACGUACGAGUUCCUUGUCGGCGAGGCGCCCUUUGAGGACACGAUGGUCAUGACGCACCGCCGCAUUGCCCGGGCCGACAUGACGAUUCCCUCGUUUGUGAGCCCCGAAGCACGAGAUCUCAUCAAGAAGCUUCUUGUGCUCGACCCGGCAAAGCGUCUGCCGCUCGACGCCGUCCAGCAACACCCUUGGAUCAUCAAGCAUUGCGUCAAGGGCGAGCGGGCGACCAACCGGGAAAAGACAAAGGGCGGCGAGUAG